AUGUCGAUUCUUAUCACUAUCAUCUUCAGCCUCGUAGCCACAAUAUCCUUUGGAUUUCUGCUGUACCCGUACAUCGAUCACUGGACAGAAAGAAAGUUUUCCAAGGACGUGGACCUACCUCUCCUCGGACCAGUCCCGCUGUUAGCCUUCUUUGUCGCUCCACUUGCCUUGCUCGUCGUCGCCCUGUGGCUGUGCACCAAGCAUUGGAUCGCGAAUGACGUGCUUGCAAUCUCGUUAGUGGUUUUCUUUCUUGCAAACAUCAGGUUGUCAAGUCUGAUGGUCGCUACUGUGUUGUUGCUGUUGGCCUUCUGCUACGAUAUCUUUUGGGUUUUCAUGUCAUCUUCAAUCUUUGGCAAGAACGUCAUGGUCACUGUGGCUACUGAUUUGGAUGUUCCAAUCAAGAUUCUGAUCCCACUGGUCUUGACGGAGGAGACUAAGUCGCAAUUGGAAUUCACCCUCAUCGGUCUCGGCGAUAUUGUACUUCCCGGCUUGCUUCUAUGCUUUGCCUGGCGAGUUGACUGCGACAAAGGGAUCGAUAUGCAGAAAGGAUAUUUUGCGGUUACAAUGGCCGGAUACUUGGUGGCUCUGACGUUAUGCGAAAUCAUCGUGGGCUCAUUGCACCUGGCACAGCCUGCUAUGAUUUAUCUGGUUCCAGGAACUCUGAUUCCUUUUACGUUGCUAGCGCUGGUAAGGAAAGAAUUCACCGAGGUUUGGAAUGGUGUCGAGGAGACACCCAUCGCUGCAGCCCCAGAGAAACCCUAG